GUGCGGGGAGCAAGGUAACGGGCUUGCCUGUGCGCAGGGGUGUGGGUCGUCGUACCCAGAGGUUAUGCAGAAGGGUCUGGGCCCUGCGUCGAUUUUCAGGGUAGCCACCGAGGGAGGGACUGGAGGGAGAUGGGAAUCAAAGGUUCAUGUCCCAGGUGAGGGACAGGCAGGGUAACGGGUGUCCAGCACACGAGGGAGGAGCUAGUAGAAAUCGGGAUUGAGAUUAAACUCGGCGUGUGGCCAGAAGACAGCAAGGGGCACUUUGUUUGGACAGAAAGCAAAUCUGAAUUAAGGACUGAAAAAAGAGUAGUUUUACUGGAAUAAGACUAUCCAGUGAUAAGGCACAGAGGAAAAAGGGGGAAAGGGUGAAGUUGCUGCAGCACCCCUCAAAAACCAUGGAUGGAGAACCUGUAGUGGGUCUGCUGACAAGCAGGCUGAAAGAGUGGUUAGAGAAGGGUGUAGCAGUCAUUGGACCAAGCAAAGACAAGAUGUCAAGAAGGGUAUUGUUGAAAGAGGUUGACAGAUUAAGUGGGAUUUGAUUUAGGUAGGAGGAAUUCUUUAGGCACUUCAAUGACAGUGGUGACAACUGAGCACAAAGAUCUGCAGGCAGACUGCAGACUGUGUAACAGAGGAGCCCCAGACAUGGGUUGUGAACACCGUGUUCGUGGAGUCUACAUGUGAAAGGGAGAAAGAAUAUGGUACAAUAAUCUAAAACAAAUUGGAUCGAGAGGGGGGUCCAUACUCCUCCAUACAGGAGAGAUUAGAGAAUUAUUGCACUGCAAGAGCAAUAACUAGAUUAAAAGGUUAAAGAGAAGGAAGGAAAAGUGAACACGUGUGAAAGGUGGAUAGUGUGAUGUGAAGGGGAAUACGUUCAUUUAGCGCAGGAGAGGAGAACAGAAAUAUCUGGAAGAGGUAGAACAUCAGGGCACUGGCAGAAGGGGAAGGCAAGCAAAGGGGGUGGAGAAGAUGAGGUGAGAAAAUGUUUCCCAAAGGAAAUGGUUUGAGUUCUGUGCAGAGAGCGAGGGCAGCAGGCUUUAUGCAUAGGUUCCCAUUGUGUUGGGAAAAAUGGGAUAUAAAUUAGAGUUGCAUGUUAGGAGAACAGAUUGGUCACAGAAAUCAGCCACGUCCCCAGCUUUCCUCCAAAAGCACUCAACAAUGCAAAAGCAGAGCCAAAGGAAGCCAGUGUUGAGAUUGAAUCAUGUCUGGGGUUUGGUAAUGAGAGAAAACGAAGUGUCAAGGGCAAAGAAUCAACAUGAAGAGCAUCAGCAAUCAGAGGCAUGAAAGAAAGAGAAGAGAAAGCAGAGAGGGAAGGACAAAAGUAAAUAGUAAAACAUGGUGAAGAAUACUAUGGGAAGGCUGAAGAGCUUGUGGGGAAAAAAAAACCAAAACAGAAAAAGAAGAUGCAGUAACAAAAAAAAUCAGACAGGCAGUAAGACUUGAGGAAAGCCUAGGUCUGUGAACCAUUUCUUCAAUCAAUGAAGGCUUCAGUCAGAUGAGAAGAUGAAGAUAAAGAAUGUGCAAGGGUAAAUGCAGCUGGGUAAUUAGCUGGGGACUGAUGCCACUGGGGAUGAGUGUGGGAGGCUGUGCAGAAAUGGAGUCCCAAGAGGCAAAAUGAAGAAAGCUGCUGAGGAGGGGCUGAGUGGGUGCUGGAUGACAGUGCCAUGAAGGCGAGAGGAGAAUUGAAUGUGAUGCUUGCCACCCUUUCACCAACUGGCAGAGUUUGCCUGUCUUGAUCUCCUCUGACUUCAAACUCUUAAGUCUUUCACAAGAUGGCUACUGUAUCAUUCCUACUUCUGCAAGCAAGCUAGUGUGGUCUCUCUUUGUGUGUAUAUAUGUAUGAUUCAGGGUCAAAACCAUACAUUAACUUAUAAAAAAGCAACUUCAUGUGAAUAUGCAUUUCAUACAACAAGUAUCCUGACACUCCACAUCGCAUGCUUUAUGGUCCUUGUAGUGAUGUAUGCAAUAAAUGGAGGGUAACUGUGGUUGUUGUUUUACUACAGAUAAAAUAUAUAGUAAAUUAUACUCCAAAGGAGAAUUUCUAGAAGUAGUGGAUUCUACCCAUACCUUGUUGAAAAGGGGAAACGCAUAAAACUUCAACUCAUAUAUAGAUAUACUGCUUCAAAGAGACAAUUUGCAAAUGCCUGUCAAGGAGGCCAUAUGGAGAGGCUGGCAGAAGGGCAGCUAGUGAACCAGUUAUAUGUGCCAAGUUCAAUUUGUCACACUUUACAGUACUGAGAAAUAUUUUGUUCUCGUUUUGAAAAGGAAAACUCUCAUUAGUAAAGAUUCAACAACAUGCUCCUCAAAAUGCGUCUUUUAUGAAGAGAAAAGGUCCAGCACGCCUGCCUUUAAAGGCUGGAACCACUGGUACGUAAGGUAUCUACAAAGGUGUAACAGCGAGGGCGCUUCCCGGAAUUGCUUUGAGUGGAUUUGGCAUCAAAAUUCCUCACCCCUGUUCAGUCUCCCGGCCUUUGGCACUUUAGAUCUUCUCAACAGCUCGGCGCAGUUGUGGGAAUUGCCCUGCCCAGGCAAAGGGGCAGUCGCUGGAUGUCCCGGGGCGGCGGGUGUCGCCAGCCGCAGGCUCUGCGCCGGCGGGGCACCCGGCCUUUCCUACCAAGAGCUCAAAGACUUGAAGAAGACCAGCGUCCUCCACAUAGACGUGCGGGAGAGGUGGGAGGUCGACAGAUUUGGAAAAAUCCCAGCGUCCAUCAACAUACCGCUGGGUGAAUUAGUGGAAGCUCUACAAAUGGACCCAAUGGAGUUCAAGGAGCAGUACAAUCAAAAGAUGCCAUCUAAGUCGGACCCUGUGGUUUUCUCCUGUUUGGCAGGAACAAGAAGUAAACAAGCACUGAGUUUUGCCAUGUCCUUGGGUUUCAGCAGAAGCGGCAAACUCUUUCAUUGGUCUGGCUGCUACUACUUGCUUGAUAUUUGCCCUCCAGCAUUGUGUCAUUUGGAAGAGUUACAGAACACACUGCAUGGAAGCAGGCAGUAUUGGAGUACAAGGAGUAUCAAUCUGGCUCAUUGAAGCUAGAGUUCAGCAAUAUGCUGGUGGCUUUGAGGAUUGGGUAAAACAUGAACCUCCAGAGAAAAAAUGAAGAUGACUACCCCAACCCUUGCCCCAUCAUGGCUUCAGGAUGGUUCAUAGGUUUUAGCAUUCAAACUAUGUGCACUCCACUUCCAGAAUACAGACCACUCCUGCUUUCUUGUGUAAAUGAACAUUCACCUUCAGAUAGCCAUGCAUAUCAGCUGCUUGGUUCAAAUUAUAGCUAAAGACUAUGACAUGAACUGAGGACAUUAAAUUUGUUCAGUCUUUACUUUGGGCUAUGUUUUUUGGUGAAAGUAUGUGAGGAGAACCUAAGUGCUUGCUUAUUAUGUUUACUAAGAUUUUUGUAUGAUGUAGUUUACGACUGUUUAAACUAAUGAUGAUGAUGGGACAAAUAAAAUUACCCUUUCCCAAAUAA